AAUUAUUUUACUUCACUAAAAUAUCUAUCUUUGUGCUAUAAUAAAUAAAGACCUCUCUCUCUCUAAAACCUAUUUUUCCCUAAACUUUUUGUUUGUGAAGAAAGAAAGAAAAAAAUAAGCUGAAAAUUGAUAAUUAAUUGAGGAGAGAGAGAGAGAGAGAGAGAGAUCAGAAUCUCUAAAUGGCUGAAACGAAUUGCCCAGAACCCAGGAAACUCUGAUUAAUUUUUUUUUUUAUGUUUUGGUUCUUUAAUUGGCAAAUCUCUAUCUGUUUCAUGUGCUAGCUAAGGUUGUCUUCACUUUCCUCUUAUGAGUCAUGAGUUUCUUGUCUUCAUCUUCUCUAAUAAAGUUAACACUCUCAUCAAUUUUUAUGUUCAAAUCUGUCGACUUUUCGUUUCUUCUCUUACACCGAAGCGUUUUAACAAUCAAACAUCUGUCUCUUUGAAACUAGAUAUCAAACUUCAAUUUGUCUCCUUUCUCUUCCAAAUUUGAUUCCUGAUUUGGGUCUUUGUUAAAGAUCAACAAGUUUUUUUUUUUUUCUUCCAUUAAUGGACGAAGUUUCUCCUGCAGUCGCUGUUCCAUUCAGACCAUUCCCUGAGCCUCACGCCGGAAUUAGAGGCUAUUGCAACGGCGAAUCUAGGGUUUCGUUACCGGAAAGUUCUUGUUCCGGCGACGGAGCUAUGAAAGAUUCAUCCUUUGAGAUCAACACGAGGCAAGAUUCAUUAACAUCAUCAUUAUCAUCAACUUCGUCAUCUGCUAUGGCAGGUGUACUUGAUGCUACCGUGGAUAUCUCCGCCGGAGAUGAAAUCAACGGUUCAGAUGAGUUUGAUUCGAGAUCGACGAAUCAGAGUGAGAAGAAAGUACUCAGUAGAACAGAGAGUAGAAGUCUGUUCGAGUUCAAGAGUGUUCCUUUAUAUGGAGUGACUUCGAUUUGUGGAAGACGACCAGAGAUGGAAGAUUCUGUCUCAACGAUUCCUAGAUUCCUUCAAGUUUCUUCAAAUUCGUUGCUUGAUGGUCGAGUCACUAAUGGAUUUAAUCCUCACUUGAGUGCUCACUUCUUCGGUGUUUACGAUGGCCAUGGUGGUUCUCAGGUAGCGAAUUAUUGUCGUGAGAGGAUGCAUCUGGCUUUGACGGAGGAGAUAGUGAAGGAGAAGCCGGAGUUUUGCGACGGUGACACGUGGCAAGAGAAGUGGAAGAAGGCUUUGUUCAACUCUUUUAUGAGAGUUGACUCAGAGAUUGAACCCGUGGCGCAUGCUCCGGAAACAGUUGGGUCCACCUCGGUGGUUGCCGUUGUCUUUCCCACUCAUAUCUUUGUUGCGAAUUGCGGCGACUCGAGGGCGGUUUUGUGUCGCGGCAAAACGCCACUUGCGUUAUCCGUCGAUCACAAACCGGAUAGAGAUGAUGAAGCGGCGAGGAUAGAAGCAGCUGGAGGGAAAGUAAUCCGGUGGAACGGGGCUCGUGUUUUUGGUGUGCUCGCAAUGUCAAGAUCCAUUGGCGAUAGGUACCUAAAACCAUCAGUAAUUCCGGAUCCAGAAGUGACUUCAGUCCGGCGAGUCAAAGAAGACGACUGUCUCAUCUUAGCAAGUGAUGGUCUUUGGGAUGUAAUGACAAACGAAGAAGUGUGCGAUUUGGCUCGGAAACGGAUUUUGUUAUGGCACAAGAAGAACGCGAUGGCCGGAGAGGCUUUACUUCCGGCCGAGAAAAGAGGAGAAGGAAAAGAUCCUGCAGCAAUGUCCGCGGCCGAGUAUUUGUCGAAGAUGGCUUUGCAAAAAGGAAGCAAAGACAAUAUAAGUGUAGUAGUGGUUGAUUUGAAGGGAAUAAGGAAGUUCAAGAGCAAAUCCUUAAAUUGAAAAAGAAGGUUUGGAAGAAAAAUGAAAAAAAGUUUUGAUGGUGGGUAAAUUCUCUUAAGAGAAGAAAAAAAAUAUAAACAGGUAAUAAUUACAUUAUUAAUUGUUUGUAAUAUUAAUUUCCUUCUUAAGUUUUAUUAUUUACUUUGUUUAGUCUUCCCACCAUUGUUUAAUCUUUUUUUUUUUACUAACAUGAUAUAAUGUAGCUUCCAAACAAAAGUCCCCUUGUGAAUUUUUUUAUCUUGGGGGUUAGUUGUAAUAAACACUACAUUCAUCUACGUAAAUAUUUAUUUGAUGUUUUA